AUGAAGCAUCUUUCCUCCAUCGCCAACGACGUUGUCCACCGUUGCGCCCAAACGGUGGGGACUAGUUUGGAGGAAUUGGUGGCAGAAUUUGAAGCGGCGGUGUGGAAGGAAGAAACAGGGGAGUAUUCCAAGAAGUUUGUGGAAUUCUGCUGCUCAAAGGCAUUGCGCCAAGAGUGCCAGUUCAUCGAGGAGAAGAUCGUCGAUGGAUCCUUCUCGCGCUUCACCUUCGACAUGAUGCUUGCUUGGGAGACUCCCACUUCCCAGCAAGAGCAAUCCACUGAGGAGAAUGUGGGGAAAAGUUUGCAAGAUAGGAGGAACAAGAUACCCACUAAAGUUACUGGAGAGACUGAUGAAAUCUCACUUUUCUACAGCGACCUUAUGCCACUCCUUGUCAACGAUGGGCCGAGUGUGGGUGAAGAUGCGGUUGUUUGGAUGGGAACAAUGGUGCCAUUGGCUGUGGAUUUUGUGAAUGGGAGGUUCACAUUCGAGACUCUUACAGCGCCCACUGCCCACCGCCUUUUCUACCCUGCAUACGACAAGUUCUUGAAAGAAAUUGACCAAUCCAUAAAGAAUCUUCAGAAGCAAGCUAAGCCUAAAGGUGUGGAACUAGCUGAUGAAGAGUUCAUUUUGCAUGUCGAUGGCACCGCUAGUUCCCAGCGUGUCGUCCGCCACAUUGGGGGCAUGAGCUGGCCUGGUAGGCUCACACUCACCAACUACGCUCUCUACUUCGAGGCAUCAGGGGUGAUCACAUACGAGGAUGCAAUCAAAAUCGACCUCUCAAGCGAUACCAAACACAGCAUCAAAGCCACCGCCACAGGCCCAUGGGGCGCUCCACUUUUCGACAGGGCCAUCAUCUACGAAUCCCCUGAACUAUCGGAAGGCAUUGUGCUGGAGUUCCCAGAGAUGACAAGCUCAACAAGGCGUGACCACUGGUUGGCCCUCAUCAAAGAGAUCAUCCUGAUACACCAGUUCCUGUCGAGGUACAACGUGAAGUGCGAGAUACAAGCGUGGGAGAUCCACUCGAGAACCAUUCUGGGAAUAGUGAGGCUCCAUGCAGCUAGAGAGCUGCUACGAAUCUCCCCACCAGAUCCAACAAAGUUCCUAAUCUUUGCACUGUAUGACGAACUGCCCAAGGGUGACUACGUGCUGGACCAGCUCGCUGCAAGUAUAGAGACGGUCAACAGUGGACACCCCUGCAGCGCUAGCUCGAUUUUGAGGAACAUAAAUGUGUCCCAGUUGCUCGUGUCGAGCGGAGAAGUUAAGCUGGUGAAGGAGGAAAGAGGAAAUGUUGGUGGAGAAGACGAUGAGAUAAUACGUUCAUCUUUGGAGAGCGCGGUGCAUCAAGUGAGGGAGGAAACUAAGGCGGCUGAUUUCGCAAAGGCUACUACAGAAGGGUUGAAAGAGGAAGGGAUUGCUGACAGUGCUCAAGUUCUCAUGGAGUUGACAAAGCCGGUGCGAGAUCUUCUACCAUGGUUUGUAGAGAUUGUCCUAUGGGAGCGGCCAUCAACAACUCUAAUUGUGUUUAUCACAAUUAUAGUAAUCAUCUACAAGGAGUGGGUCGGCAAAGCUGUAGCUGCUUUCUUGCUACGAGUCGCAUGGAGGAUACUCCAGGCAAUACGAGGACGACACGGCCGCUCGAGGAAGCAGCGUGAUGAUGAGAUAGUGAUCCACACUGGCGGGGAACAGAAGAGCACAACAGAGAGCAUCGUCGCAGCUCAGUUCGGGUUGAGAACUGUGCACGAGCUUAUGCAAGCAGCAAACAUAGCCAUACUGAAAAUCCAGUCCCUGAUGAACGCAAAAGCCCCAAAGGUAUGCGAAUCUAAUCUAUGCACAUCUGAUAUCAUUCUCUUUUUUUCCAGAUUGUUCACCGUCUAUCCUACGAUGCAGCAUUCGGGCCAGGCAAUGAUGGUGAUGGGUUUGGUAGCAAUCGUCCUGGCGGUGAUUCCAGUGAAGUACAUUUUGAUGGGUGGAGUUGUGUAUUAUGGAAUAAUGAAAUCGAAGCUAGGGAAGUACAUGGAGAAUGAUCAAGGGAACAGAAGGCUUAAAGAAUGGUGGGAUACAAUCCCAGUCGUCAGUGUCCGUGUAGUCGAUGAACCUCCGCCGGAGAAGAAGGAGAGCUAGGCAGCUCAUGGGUUUUCCAUGUCUAUAAUCUUAUACUUGACUCGGUACAUGUACCAAGAGCUUAUAAGAUAGUUAGCAGGGUGACAACAGAUUAGAAGUAGCCAUAGGGAAAGACAAGAAAUCAGAGUAUUUAGUACAAGAUGUCCAAGCGGUUUGUGUUUUAUGUUUGUUGAAGUAUGUGGUCGAAAUAUGUAGCUUGUUAAACAG